AUGCCGAGAUACUGCGGCUCUCCCGAGCGCAGCCCACCUCCUCCGCCCCGGCCAGGGGCCCGGGAACGCACCGCAAGGAAACCUGCCCAGGGAGCGGAUGCCACGCUCUCCGUCCUUUCACCUGGGAACAGCUCGAGCCACCUGGCUCCUCACCUGCCUGGGUUCAAGUACCAGUUGUUCGUGGGAGAGGAGGGGGAGAGUGGGGAAGGGCGGAGACGGCGAGAGAGGGGAGCGGGGCAGGGCCGGCCGGGCUCGUCCCGGUCCUCCCGGGCACCGCGCGCAGGUGAGGCCGGCCACUCACCUCGGGCAGCUCGCGGAGCUGGUUGGCGUCCAGCAGCAGCUCCUCCAAGCUGCGGGCGUAGCGGUAGAUCUCCUCGGGGACGUAGACCAGCGAGCAGUGGCGCUUGUCGAUGGUCUCCACAUGACGGUUGCACCGCCACAGGGGGAUGCAGUGGAACAUCGCCGCCCCCGCCGCCGGGUCCCGAGCCGAGCCGCGGAGACCCGGGCUCUGAGCCCGCUCCGCCCGGCGGCUGCGCUCCGCCCGCUGCCCACUCCGCGCUCGCCGGCUCCGGUGCUCGCCAGCUCCUCGCGCCGGGCUUCACGGUCCCAAACGCUCGCAGGAAGCUCCGGCGGGAGCCCCGGCAGAGUCCCAGCGCCCCCGCCCGCCGGCCGGGACGUCCCCUCCCGCCCUCCAGUCGCGCCGCCGAGCCCGCUGCUGCCGCGCCGAGCUUCCUACUCGCGGCCGCCGCGGCGCGACUGAGCAUGCGCGCCAGUGGGCGCGCGCGAGGGCGUUUCCCGGCCCGGGGAUGCUCCGCUCCGGGUUUUCCUGGAGACCUGCAGCCCGGGAGGGUCGUAACCUGCGGCCCGGGCGCUCCCGGUCCCCCUCCUCCGGCCGGGACUCGGGGCGGCGGCGGCGGGGCGCGGCAGGGGCAGGGUCCGGCGCUCCGAGGAAGCCUGACCCCAAUGGGGCUUGGGGUACGGACGGGGCAGAGCAGAGGCGGCCUGAGGGGAGCAGAGCAACUUUGGGUUUUAGUGACUUCACUCCCUCUCUCGUCUCCUCGCUCCCCUUCCCCAAAACAACUUUCUCUUCCGGGGUCAGGCCGGCCCGCCCCGAAGCGUACCUUGCGCGCCGCGGGCGCCGGGAGCUGCGGGGCUCGGGGCGGUCUCCAGGGGCUGCGGCUGCCCUCCGCCCCACAGGUGAGCGCCGGGGCCCCGGCCGUGCCCUCGGGUCGGCGAGCACCGCCUGCGGGCCGUGCAACCUGGGCGCACGUCUUCGGGAAUCAUUGUUGGCACACAGAGCACUAGGAAGUCCCUCGCCCGCCACCCCCAGAAGCCUGGGAGUCGGAGAGUCUGUAAGAUUCUCAGAGGCGUGGAUGCACCCCAUCAGGAGUCCAAACGCAAAGAACGAGGUAGCCAAGCCCCAGAUUCAUUCCCACGGACUAGGACCAGAACCCUGAACUUCUCUUCUCCCUGUCUCCAGAGAACCAACUGGCUCCUUUACAAAGGGCUGCGGACCAGAUCAAAAUCGGUCACGUUGAUGGAUGGAUUGUCCUUGGGGUCCUACUCUGACGCUCCUCCCAGCUGCCCCCUAGUCCUCACACCUGUGGCCUCUUUCAAGAUUCCACCUGGGGCCUCCUGCCAGACACCACCAGCCUGUCCGGCCCCACGUUGCCAAAGCUAAAAUCUGGAGCCUACCCCCCCCCCCCCGCCCCAAAUCCACUUUUCUGCGGAAGACAAAGCUGAGCAUGCCCAGUGACCAAGGGGAUUUGGGGUCUGAAACUAGUUUAUAGGAGACAUACAUGUCUACACAGACUCACAGUUCCAACUGUGCACAGGACACUUUCCCAGGGGGUUAGUGGGGAGGACACUUCGUCAUUGCCAGCUCUAGGACGAGGGCUUCUUUCUUCCCAAUCAGUGAGGAUGGAUCUGAGUACCACUUUGGUUUUGAGCCCAGAAUUAUCAACUUAACUUUCUAACUCCAAUCAAUCCCUAAACUCUAUUGCCAUACCCACUUCUCUCUCUCUUUUGUUUGUCCUGGUGUGAUUUCUUUAUUCUCAGGGGAGGAAGGCUACCUCGACUUUGAACUUUAGCCACUCUUCCAUCAUUCUCACAUUCCAGAAACCCAUUUUGUGCCAGUUUUAGUGGAAAACUGUGGUUCCUGACUGAGAGACUGAGUCUGGAGCGAUAAGCAAGUGAGAAACUUAUCUUUGCAAGUUUUCUAACUGCUUUGAAAAAACAACAAAAAUAAAGAAGGCCUGGCUCCUUCAUCCUAA